AUUUUUAGGUAAACUAUCUCGUUAAGACAUUCUAUAAACACCUUGUAGUCUGAGGAAGUACACUGCUUAGUGCUUACCAGAUGAAACACAAUAUAUCUUGACCUUUGUGUUGACCGAUUGUUUUUUUUGUUUGCUCAUGCAAAUGGGUCAUCGUGAGUGAGUGCAUGGAUCUCUUCAGUAUUUUACAAAUAGCAUUUAUUCAGGUCUUAGUGUUUGACAUGGCUCAUUGCCCAGCUGUUGUUCUCAGUUAGGAUGUAAGUUAUGUGACCUGUGCUUAACAUACAUGGGCACAGUCAGUUCUGUGUCUCUUGAGGAAGGAAGAUCACGAUUAUUCUUUCUCUUUUCAUUCCGUUUUGAUACACCAUUCUUGUUUAGGUGACCUGAUUAUGUAGGUUUUAUAACACCGAAGUCUUUUGCUAGAUCUAUUUCUAUUGGUCAUACAAUCUUCCCACAGCUGCUUUCUUUUCAGGGUUAUCUUAUCUUUUUAAGUAAACAACCUAGCAGCGUCUCAUAAUGGAUUUGUCACCUCUCACCCUGUAUGUGUAGACUUAAUAUACCACAGACCUGUAAUUGCUGAUGGCACAGUUUGCAUCUGACGCCCUCAAAAAGAUAAAGGUUGUGUAAUCGGAAGUGGUGAAUGAAUGAAAGGCCAAAAAAGACAAAAGCUACUUUCUGACUCUACAUUUAAAGAUUCUCUUUUCCUGAAAGCAUUUGAGCCAGGCCUUAAAAAAGAUUUACAUUUCAUGUGGCUAACAGAGUGCAACGGUAACCGCCCACUUUUUCAGCAGGCUUGGUUUUGCAGUAUUUUCACAUUCAUUUUCUUCAUAGGCAUUUAAAAAAAAAGAGAGAGAGACCAACCAGCCAGCUCUGGAGCAUAGACACUUUACAAACUGGAAGCACAAAAGAAGGCAUUUAAGAGGCUUUUAUAAGGAGGCAAUGUCACGUGAUGGAUGGUUAUGAGAUUUAGCAGCUAUACAGGAGAACCAUGGAACAGGUUGAGCAACCUACCUCAGAAAUUAAAUGUGACGGCCCAGGAGAUGUUGCAGCAGCCCAGGAGCCCCUCGUGUUCACAGGAGUUACGGAGGGCCAGUCGUCUCCGCGGUCAGACUUGAGCCCUGUCCAGAUUCUUGAAGACUCAACAUGGAUGGAGUCUGCAUCCUCAGACUGUGGAGGGAUGUCAGACCUACAGGAGCCAAGCUCAGCAUCGGGUGAGGAGGUGGAGGGCAGCGAGACGUCUGAUGCCAAAGGAUUAGAGGUCUCACUCAGCAGCAAGGGAUCGUGGGGGGGCACUCUACAGAAUGGAGAUGGGAAACCACUGGAGAGUCCUCAACAGAAUAGUGACACUCCUGUAACAGCUCAAAUGUUUUCAGAUCCAUUACAGACCCCCUCUCUCUCACUGUCAGACCAGUUACGGCUGGGUCGGGAUGACCCCAGUAGUAUGGGCCUGAACGUUGAGUGCCGCAUAUGUGGAGAUAAAGCCUCAGGAUUUCAUUAUGGAGUUCAUGCUUGUGAAGGCUGCAAGGGGUUUUUCAGACGCACCAUUCGUAUGAAGCUGGAGUAUGAGCGGUGUGAGCGUGCCUGUAAAGUCCAGAAAAAGAGCCGGAACAAAUGCCAGUACUGUCGCUUCCAGAAGUGCCUGGCAUUGGGCAUGUCACAUGAUGCGAUCAGGUACGGACGUAUGCCAGAGGCGGAGAAGAAGAAGCUAGUGGCAGGGCUCCUCGCUGGGGAGAAACUGCAAAGCUCUAGUGGAGCUGACCUCAAAACACUGGCCAAGCAUGUCAACACAUCCUACCUGAGGAACCUCAACAUGACCAAGAAAAAAGCACGGAGCAUCCUCACGGGCAAGACGAGUUGCACAUCGCCUUUUGUGAUCCAUGAUAUGGACUCACUGUGGCAGGCAGAAAACGGGCUGGUCUGGAACCAGCUUAAUGGAGCACCACCCAACAAAGAGAUCGGGGUCCAUGUCUUCUACCGCUGCCAGUGCACUACAGUUGAAACUGUGCGAGAGCUCACAGAGUUUGCCAAAAACAUCCCUGGCUUUGUGGAUCUAUUCCUUAAUGAUCAGGUAACGCUGUUAAAAUAUGGAGUCCAUGAGGCCAUAUUUGCCAUGCUCCCAUCGCUCAUGAAUAAAGACGGGCUGCUGGUGGCCAAUGGGAAGGGCUUUGUGACGAGAGAGUUCCUGCGUAGUCUACGCAAACCUUUCAGCGAGAUCAUGGAGCCCAAAUUUGAGUUUGCGGUGAAAUUCAAUGCCUUGGAGCUGGAUGACAGUGACCUGGCUCUGUUUGUGGCAGCCAUCAUACUGUGUGGAGAUCGUCCUGGGCUGAUGAACGUGAAGCAAGUUGAACAGAUGCAGGAUGGCAUCCUGCAAGCUCUGGACCAACAUCUUCAGGUGCACCACCCUGACUCUCCUCAUCUGUUCCCCAAACUGCUCCAGAAGAUGGCUGACCUCAGACAGCUGGUCACAGAGAACGCCCAGCUGGUUCAGAUGAUCAAAAAGACUGAAUCUGAGACCUCCCUCCACCCGCUUUUACAGGAGAUCUAUAAAGACAUGUACUGACGUGCAAGGACCUGACUGAAGAAGGGACUUCAGUUUCCCUCCUGAACGGAGAGAGUGCACACAUCUUAAUGGCGCUGCGGUGCCCUUGGUUUUUUUUAAAUGAAUUUUUGUAAAGGACUUUUACAAUUAUUGACUUUGAAUACUGACAUUUUCUCUGAUUUUUGCGGAGUGUUUUUUAUUUAAAACUCAAGGACGCAGAACAUCUAGUCACCGUUUACUACUACGACCGUCAUGUUAUUCUUUAUUUGCUUGAUGAGGGCUAACACCUUUACAAGUUGUCUUUUCCAUCAUGGUUUUUGGUUUGCAAGUGAUAUCUAGUAUGUUUCUUUGAGGAGAUCAGAGCACAGUCAAGCUCUUGUAAUGCCACUUACUGUAUGUGUUUGUAGGGCUUUUAUUUUGUAGUUCUUUUUUCCUCUGUUUGAUUUUGCACUUUUACUAAAGUAAAAGGUAGACUCCACACAAAACUGUACAGCAGUCGGUUAUAUUAUUUUGGAAUUAUGUUACUUUGUCGAGGGUGUUGUUUUCAGCGUC